GCCACGGGCCGUUGGAGUCGCGGCCGAGCAGUCAGCCACUUGGAAAGAGCUCGCUGCCGCCCCCGGAGCCGCCGCGGCCAGCUGGGCGGCGCUGCCCCGCGGCGCAGAGGGAGGCUGCGGGAGAGAGGAGGAGGCGGCCGGCCAGCGGCCCGCGGCGCGGCUCGGGGCGCACGGUCUCGCGGCCCGGGAGCCACGCGAGUUCCGCGCCCGCACGCACAAGCCGCGGCUCGCGCCUCGCUCGGCCUCGGGGCUCCCGGCCUCUCCGCCCCCGCCCCCUGGCCAGGGCUGCGCGGCGGCGGCCGGAGGAGCAGCAUGAAUCUUCGGCUCUGCGUGCAGGCGCUCCUGCUGCUCUGGCUCUCCCUGAGCGCGGUGUGUGGAGGGCCCCUGCUGCAGACCUCUGGCGGGAAGGGGAUGGAGGAAGGCAACGUCCGCUAUUUGGUGCAGCCCAGAGGGCCGAGGAGCGGCCCAGGACCCUGGCAGGGAGGUCGGAGGAAGUUCCGGCGCCAGCGGCCACGCCUCUCCCACAAGGGCCCCAUGCCUUUCUGAAGCAGGACUGAAGGGGCCCCCAGAUGCCCACCCCUGCGGUUCUCUCUCCUCCUCGGCAGAUCAGCCUGCUUCUCUGGAGCCCUCGUAUCCGUUCGCUGCUCGUCUGGCACCUGUCCUGGCUGCUGAUGGUCCCGGCUCUCCUCCCCUGCCAGCCUCCGUGAAUGGCACGCUCCUGCCCCUAGUUCCCUAGAGAUUCCCGGGCUCAAGGAUCCAUUCAGCCCCUCCCCCUGACUUGGGAGACCCUGCACUGGAAGGCACCCCUUGUUCUGCUCCCCCUCUUCGGUCUCAUACCCUAACACCUCACCUUCUCUGGGCCCUUCCUUCCUCAGGUAUGCCCUGGGGGGCCAGGGGGCACCGCCCUUAUCGCAGGGGCUCCAGCAGAUCCCCUGCUUUCGGUCAGCCCUUCCCCCGGCCUCCAGAAGGGACUAGAGGACCAAGCAAUGCGACUCUAAUGAGAGGGAUGGGGUGUUGGGAUGCAGGCGGGGUGCCUUGGGGGUGGGAAUGGGGAGUGGGCGCGCUGGCCCAGGGGGUAAAGCACUGAGCAGAGGAGGACUAGCUGACUGUGGCCUCUUGCUCAUCCCCGUGUUUGGCCCCGGUUGAGGAAGAGGCGAAGGAGAGGGGCCACGACGUACUUUUUUUGUCACUUCUCUCACCUGCUGUGCCGCCUGACACUCCCAUGCACUCCCCCACCCCGACCCCCAGCUAGUUCAAGCUUCCGCUCAGGAGGGGAGGGUGCUGGACCUGAGGUGGCUCUAGACCCUCCCAGGGGAGCAAAAGCCAAGCAGGACUGGUUUUGCCAAGAAUCACAGACCAUCGGAGCCAAAAGGAAGCUGGGCCAUCACUUAGCUCCACCUCCUUAUUCGAAGCCCUGAAAACCCAGAGCCUGGACGGGGAUGGUAACCUACCUGCUCAGUGUCCCCACUGAGCCGGAGCCCGAAUGAGGGCCCAGGUCUCCCGAUGCCCACCGGAGGAGGUCCUCUUCCUUCCUGACAAUGUCUUCCAAUCCCAUUAAGUGCCUUUCCCCCGGGGGCUGGGGCUGGGGGUGGCUGGGAAGGGACAGGGGACGGCGGUGAACUGCCCCACGGUGUUGUGGGGAUGGAGCCGGCCCCUCCUCCCUAGCUGCACACCCCCCCCCCCGCAUUCCCCAACCUGGCCUGAAAGGGGCUGCAGCACUCGAAGACCCCCGGGUAUUUUUGUAGGGGCAGCUCAGGCCCCGAGACUACCUUUGCUACCUGACACUGGUUUUCAGGGAUCAGGAAGUGGCCUUAACCCAUUGGAUUCCAUGGCCUUCCCUUCGCAUGGACUGGACCUUCUCACCCAGUGGCCUUUUCUUGGGGAGGAUGGGGGAGAAGCAUGGGACGACGUGGGGGAGGUCCGAGCAGGCUUUUGCUUGGAGGCCUCGUGGGAGGGAGUCAAGGGAAAGCAGGAGCCUGAGGGCCACCUAUGUGUGUAGCAGGGGGACAGGGGGAGUCAGGGCCCGCCCCCAGUCCCACAGCAACUCCGACCACCUGCCCCUCCCCCUUCCCUCUGCUGCUGCUGCUGCUGCUGCUGCUGCUUCGGGCCCACUCUGGGGAGCCAGACCAGGCACCCCGUCGCCCCCCAGCACCCCUCAGCCCAGAGUGGGGGCCGGCCCGUGUCCAGAAAGCCUCUUCUGCCACAGAUGCCCCCAGAAGGGCUUGGGCCUUCUUCCGCCUUCUCCUCCUGCAUCUCCUGCCGCCUCAGCUGCCCAGCCCCACGGGGGAGGGGGGGGAGGGAGGGCCAAGAGGAUGUGGAGGCAGAGGCGGAGGAGGGCAGCGGAGGCUCUGAGGCGCUGUCUUAUUUAAAGUGGUUGUGUAUGAUUCUUAUACUAAUUUAUACAAAGAUAUUAAGGCUCUCUUCAUUAAGAAAUCACCCCCCCUCCCAUCCUUGUGUUCACUGUGUUUGUAAAGAUUGUUCAGUGUAAAUAUGUCUUUAUAAUAAAGAGUUAAACCUGACGCUUCACCCUCAGUCUUGGAGGUCAUGUUCAGGACGGGCACUCCUCUCUCCUGGGAUCCAUGGUUGGCCCCGACGACGCCCACGAACUUCAACUUCACAUGGAGGGAGGGAAGCGCUUGCAUCCCACAUUGGCACCAGGUCAAAUGGCUUCAAACUAAUUUGCCACACACUCGCAAAAGGAAUCUUAUGUUUAAUGACCAGUCCACAUAAAAUGCAGUCCACUUUUGAGUGGGCAUCUGAGUGUCCUAAUUUUUUUUUUUUUUGGCAGUGUCAUUUAAAGGAUUUUUAAAAAGCAGUUUAUUUGAGACCAUUCUGAUUAAAGGUGGGCUUUUUUUUUUUUUUUUACUAAAAACUGUUUGGUAUCCUUGGUGCCUGUCUUCCAUUUUUAUCUACUUUUGAAAAGCAGUUUAUUUAAGAACAUUCUGAUUAAAGGUGGGAUUUUUUACUAAAAACUGUUUGGUAUCCUUGGUGCGUGUCUUCCAUUUUUAUCUACUUUUGAACACUCUCGGGACUUUUUAGCCAGUUUGCCUUUCUUGAGAAAUGUUCUGUUUCUUGCAAUGAAUAUAUUUGGUAAUGACUUUGUAUGUAUCAUUUUAUGUUUCACAAAGUCGAGUUGCUUGAUGCACGAGAUAGCCUGAGAAAUAAAAUGGAGUUCGAUGCAA